AGGAACAGAUGCUUCGAAACUCGCCGGGAAAUGAGCAGCUUGGAUAGUACCAAAAAGUCCUCCAAGGCAGUUUUUCAGGCUACUUAAUACAAUUGAUAGAAUUGUCUCAUCGAUAUUUGGCACUUAUUAUCUUGCACUUGGUUUAAAAUUCAGAUUGAAAUCAUGCCGGUUUACACGGACCAAGAUCCAUUGAACAUGGAAAAAUGGUUACCGAAGACUCGGCAAAGCAUCCCCCUACACACUUUAACAGAGCAGUCUGAGUGUGCUGGAAAAUAUGUGAAGGGCAAAGUGGUUUUUAAGGGUCCUUUGUUACAUAUAGGAAAUCAUUUAAAAUACCUGCUAAAGUCAGUUAUUCAAGAAGAUGUCCCCAAACAGAGCCAAGCAUCAAAUAACAUAUCCAUCAAUGUCGUGUUGUUUGGAGGGCUGGCCAAGGACUUCUCACAUGCUGUCAAUCAAGGGGACACUGUUGUGUUGUCGGGCUUUACAGUGAGUCCUUCUCCCACCUUUAUGAAAGACCAACUGCAUCAUUGUAACCUUCAUUUAGAUGGCACAGAGGCUAAUGUUCAUGUUUGUGCAGCUACAGCGCCCACAGUGGGAACAUCUGGAGCCAGUGCUACUGUCCUAAGUGCUCCUGCUAAGUAUGUGUAUGUUCCACUGAAUACACUGAAACAUGGAUCCCAGGUGAAUGUCUAUGGAGUUGUGACCUUUUUUAAGUUGCCCUUUCCCACCAAAGGAACAGAUUACUGUUCAACUUUGAAGCUCACAGACCCGUCGGGGGCUACAGUCAGCUGCACUAUCUUUUGUGAAAACCAAGAGAACCAUCCUAAAAUAUUCAAGGCAGGCGAUGUCAUCCGGCUGCACAGAGUAAAGGCUCAGAUGUUUGGUGGCUCAAUGACUCUGGUCACCUGCUGGGGCUGGUCUGCGCUCACCUUUGACGGUACAGUCGGCAGCCCUGUGGUGCCGAGGACAGACAAGUCGUUCCACUUUAGCGAAGAGGACCGACACAGGGUGAUGGAGCUGCGCAAGUGGGCAGCCCACGAGUUGUCCGUCCUGCGGGAGCCCACCGUGCCUCUCUCUGCUGUGGUGCCCAGGCAGUACUUUGACUUCACCUGCCAGCUGCUGGCCAAAGCUUGCCUGGACAGUGCCUGCACUCUCCUCAAGGUAUGGGAUGGCACCCGAUGCAGAUACCCUUUUCCGACUAUACCAGUGGAGCCAGGGACCUUGGAGGGAGAGAUUCCUGCUGGGACAAACACACAGAACCUCAUCGCCGACGUGCUGGUUUACGACAACCAUGUGGAGGUUGCUCAGGCCCUGAAGCCUGGCAUGUUUCUGUGCAUCUACAACCUGCACGCAGUGCCACAGAUGGUGGCUGGAGAGGCCUGUACAGUCCAAGAGGUUCUGAGCUUCCACCUGCAUGGGGGCACGUCCUACGGCAGGGGGCUUUGUGCCCUGCCUACCAGCAGCCCAGACGUCUCCAAGCUCCAGAGAGCGCUGCAGUCGUGUGCUGAGCAGAUGGAGGGGGACAUGGACAGCUCUUGGGAUGACCUGACCUGGUGUACAGCAUCACAGCUCAGCAAUGGAGUCAUUGGGGAAUGUCCAACAGUGCGGAAAUGCACACAUACUCUGCAAAAGGUGUCUUUGGCUCAUGUGAAGAGCUCAUCCCCUCCAGAGAUGUUCCAUGUUAAAGCCCAGGUCAAGUCCUAUCAGCCGAAGAGACUAUACCAGUGUCUGAAACUGUUCUGUUCUCAGUGUAAAACCAUUGAGGAGAUUCCAGACCCUGAGACUCUGAGGGCAAGGUUUGGACAGGCUGUGAGGGACACCAGGCCCUGCCGGGCAGCCUGGGCUGAUAGUCUGACCACAGACACUGAAGAUCCCAGCCGGCAGAUCACUCUGCAUGUGUCCUCUAAGAGCCCAGCAGACAGUGACCCGAAGCUUAUCUUUGUUCAGGGUGCCAGCUUUGACGACAUAUGCCAUCUCUCGUCUGAUGAGGAAUUCAUGAUUCCUGUAAAGUCAUCGAGGGGCAAGCUGGCCUUCCUUGACAGCAUGGUCCCUUUCCUGUUCAGAGGGAAAAGGCAGUUUUACGGCUGCAGACAGUGUUCAGUCCGAAAAUUUGUGAAGUCUGUUGAAGGCCUAGAGGAGGGGAAUGAGAAGAGCAUUUCUGAAGCCCUGGGGCUCCAGCUAAUGGAGUAUGUAUUGGUGAUGAAGUUUGAGUUGGAUGAUGGCACGGCCACACUGGAGGCCUUGCUGUUGGAGGACUCAAAGGACAACUUCUUCCAUGUUUCUGCUGAUGACCUGUCCCACAGUCAGGAGGCACAGGAGAAGAUGCAGAAGAUCAUGGACUCUUUACACCCACCAGACGGCAGCACACUGCAGUGUCCUUGGUUGGAACUUUGCCUGAGUUUAUAUGCUGUGGGUGAAAAUGGCAAAAGCGAAGUCCACUGCCAGAUUGUCAACACCCAGAUCAAGGAAAGUCCUGUAGACCGAUAGCAAGCAUGUUUUGAAUACUGUGUUUUGUAUAAUAUGUUUAAGUUAAGUUCAAGACAUCUUGACAUUAAGUUAAAUAAUGUUAAUGUUGGUGCUGUAAUGCUGUGUUAAUAUUGCUGUUAAAAAAACAGCUUUUUGUGCUGUUGUUGGAAUUAUUGUUAAAU